GUCUGAGGUAAGAUACACAUCUUAACAUGUUGCAUUUGUGACUUAUUGAUUCAUCUUCAGGUUUUCUUUUGUGAACACAAAUUUUUAUUUAUUGUUUUUGUAAUACAUGGAACACAGAAAACACAACUCUAAGAUUGAGACAGAACAAAAUAUAAUAUAUAUGAUGUAAUACAGAAGAUAUCUUAGCCCAUAUAAAGAAAUAAAGAGAUUACAUAAAUAAAAUACACUAAAAAAACUUUGAAUAGAGAGCACAGAAAGUAUCAAUUUAAAGAGAGAAGGACAGAUAAGGAGAAGAAAAGAGUGGAUGUUUCGAAUCAUCAUUGGUCUGCACUCUGUCUUCAACACGGUUAAUAAAUAGUAAUAACGGUGAAAUGUAUCUUCCUGUUCUUUUAUUUGAAUGAAAUGUUUGUUUGUUUUUUGUUUUGUUUUAUUGAUUAGUUCUUUUUUUUUUCUCUAGUUAUAGGUGCAUCAUUACUUCUCUCAUCCGACUUGUAUUUUCAAUUUUCAUUUCACGAACACAUAUUACAGGCCUUUAGGAUGCGCAGACACUCACAAAGCUUUGCACACUUGUUCGAAUGAGUACUUUUGAUAUCAUAGAUGGGCUUGGGCAUGACACAGCAGUUCUAUAAAGCUCCUUCAUUACUUUUGGCAUUUUUGAGGUGCUAGGAAUGCUUGAAAAUUCAUGAAACUUUGCACAUUCAUCAGAAGUGGUAAAACUUGAUGUCACAUAUGUGACGCGUUCCAUCAAAAUGAGUCCGAAGUCGCAUCCGCUUGUUCUUGAAGAAACACAUUUUUACAUGAAAAACAUGAUUUUCAGCUGUUUUGGGUUUUUGUAUGUUUCUGAAUAAAUAAAGUCUCAGCUUUCAUACAAUAUCAACAUUAAUUUAAAAUUCAAAUGAUUAGUAUAGUUUUGAAGUUCUUCAACAUAACGUUAGGUCAGAAAGUUACAUCUGACAAUAACUGGACUGAGCUAAUUUUGGAUUAUUUCACCGCGCCAGCGAGUGAAAGUGGAGCGGAGUCUGACAGCAGCGCCGAACGUCGGACUCGGACAUCCCGCCGGCUAACAUUAGCACCGAUCAUGAUGGUGAAAGUGAGAUGGAGGAAGACAAGAAAGAAGAUAUUCCAGUUAUGCCUGACCUGAUGAUGGCAUACAAUGUAUCAGAUUAUAGUUAUUUAAACGAGGACAGCGAUAAAGAGCUGAAGAUGUAGCUGCAAACUCUACAACAGUGGCACUACAAGCUCCUCACACCGGAGGAGAUCGUGAGAAGACGCGACCAAAUUAAAGAAAUGACUAAUGGUAAGUGUUCAGUUUAGUUACACAAUCCUUUUGUGUUUAUUUGUUCGUAAAGGCUAUUAAAAAUCACAGAAUAGGCUAAGAAAGUAGUCUAGCUAGUGUUAUCAGUGACUAAUAACGUUAUUUGUGUAAUUUAGCAGAACAGUUGUGUUACAUUGUCACCACAACAUAAGUAUGAAAACAAUUUAAUAAUACAAACGUAAUUUCUAAGAGACAGGGUUGCUGUGAGAGACACAAAAGGUGAGGAUAUCAUUUUAAAUAUAGUAAAACAAAUAUCCCAACAUAUAGUAAGAGUAUAGGUUGCAAAAUCAUCUGAUAUCACAUGGUGAUAUUGAUUAUAUUUCUGAAUAUGGGGCUGUAUUAAUAUGGAAAUGAUCAUGCCUCUUUCAACAAUGAUUCAACAUGAUUUAGACAGCUUAAAGUCUUUGUGAUGACUUGAUUUUUCAUUUUAUGCCAUGUCAUUUUGUAGAUGAAAAACAUCUCUUUCUCCUUGGGAAGAUCAGUUCCCAUAUGACUCUGUCCAAGGAUACGGUAUUCUCCAAGAGAAGCCAGCAGAAAGAGCGCAAGCAUCAGAGGACUGCCUACUUCCCUGAUGGACAGCAAAUAUGCCGGAAAACCUUCAAGUUUCUGCAUGCAUGAGUUAACUUUUAAAAUACACUUUACAUUAAGCACUUUUACCUGUAAAUGGUAUGCAUAUGAUAUAUCUCCUAAUCUAAUUGGUAUAAUGGUUAUUUAUUCCAGAAUAUCUCAAAACAAGCUCACCAACCUUAUAAAAUUUUAUAAGCAACACGAAUUGGCACCAAGGAUGAAAAGGUUUGGUGGGUGUGUUUUGAGCAGGAGGCUGCUGACUGUUCAAGACAUCCAACGAAUUAAGCAGUUCAUCGCCAACUUUGCUGAUGUCCAUGCCAUGCCACUCCCUGGGCGCAUCCCUGGUUUCAAACAAUCAGAUAUCCAGGUGCUACCCACAAUGGAGACCAUGACAUCAGUGUGGUGGAGAUACAAAAGCCACCGUGCUGCUGGCAACAGCACAUUUCGAAAGCUGUGGAGGCAGCAGACCCCCAACAUUGUCAUUGGGAAACCAAUAACAGACUUGUGCUGGGUCUGCCAAAAAAAUAAUAAUGCCAUCUGCCACAGCUCCAAUCUACCGGACUGUGUGAAGUCUGCAAAGUUGAGGAAGCAGGAGCAACACCUCUGCAUUGUUGGCACGGAGUGUCAGGCACACCAGGACAUGGUUAUAUGCUGCAGGGCAACAGUUGGUAUGCUGGGUGUCAAGCUUGGGCCAAAUCCACCCUGUAGCCAAGACCUCACCAUGCACUACAGCUUUGAUUAUGCACAGCAGCAUUUCUUCUCCCAGUACAGGUUCGGUGAGAAACACAUCCAGCUGCACUGUGACAGCUGUUCUGGACAGAACAAGAACAAGUUCGUGCUGUGGUACCUGGCUUCGUGAUGCAUGGUGGGUCUUCAUGACAGUGUGUCCCUCAAUUUUUUAAUUGCUGGCCACACCAAGUUUGCCGUGGACUGGUGUUUUGGGCUGUUCAAGAUAGGUUGCGUUACACAACCUGGAAUGGUCUUUGCCAAGGAGUUCACAAACAUGUAGGAGGAGAUGUUCUUUUCUCCUUCACAAUGAAGGAAUCCUUAACCCUGAAGCCCUGCCCACUGCACAGAAACCACCUAGCCUUCGUGAGAUGCAUCAGUGGUAUCUGUACGACAGCAUCAGGGAGUUCUGCACCUAGAACACAAAAGACCUGGUUUGUCCGAAAUUAGCUGUGGCUCGUCCAUGACUGAUUACGUGAUGUGGGAACGUAGUGUGCAUGUUUCAGUGCAUGUGACUGUGUUUAAAUGUUAAGUAAUAUAUACAUACAC